AUGGUAAUCAAUGCCAGAGACGACGACGACUAUGUGUUCGAUGUGGCCGCUCGGCUGCUGGGUUACAGCCAACGGCAGUCGCACAAGCAGGCAGGCACAAGCACAGGCACAGAACACAGCACGACCCAUACCCAGCCCAGCCACACAGCCACCACAGUAGACUUCAGACCACACACCAAGAAGCGCAUCACCCGAGAGCACAACCCCAUGCUGUCGCCGCAGCCCUUCCGCCAGGCCUAUUGGGAUGUGAUGGAGUACGCCCGGUCCAAAGGCGCCAUGGCCGACUCAGACGACAUGGGCGAAACAAACAUCCUGAGUGACGGCGGUAUCCGCACGCGACUGUUUCUGUAUGCUCUGGAUAUGGUCGACAACGCCGACGCACAGAGAUUUGCGCUUCGGCUGCUGCGAGACUGUGGCGAGUGGGAUGAUCAUGCGCACCUCAUCGCGCGCAUAGAGAAUAACAUUGACGUGCUGGUGUACAGCAGACAGAUUGACGCAUGGCGCAUCAUGCGGCUGCCACGCGCACAGCAGAGCCAGCCACUGCCCCCCACAAACACAACCCCUACGGACAGCAUAAACACUACGACUACAACUACUACUACUACUGAUGCAGCUGCUGCUGCUGCUGCUAAUAACAAGGAGAAGAACGGCACUGACACCACUAGACACAGGAAGACGAGGGGAAGGAAGCCGAAGAACAAGAGGAAACAUUUCGCCUCUACUACCACGCACAGCGAGGAGAGGAACGGCCCUACCACCACCACAAACAACGCGCAUCAGGAGGCCGCCACCCAACCAGGGGGUCCUGGAGACACACCUGUCGUACCAGAGACGCCCUGGGGUGCAGUGGACCAACGUGAGGUGACGUCCAUGCUGCGCGUGGCCGAUCGGUGCGACCGCGCGCGUGCGGCGCUGUUGACUAUGGCCGCGACAGUGGGCCAUCACCUCAACAUCAGCACACGCCCAGAGAACUGCACAGAGACUGAAGUGGUCACAGACGUGUUGCAGCAGCUGCAAGUCAACCACAGCACUGCCGCUGCGGCUGAUGCCGGCGUGUGCCCCAUCUGCGCACUGCCGUUGCCGGCCAGUCACAGCUCACCCAUAACGCACGCCGUGGACAGCGCAAAAGCGGUGUGAGAACCGAUGCUGAAGACACUGAUGAAAACCACGAACAUGACGAUGAUGCGCUUUCGGAUAACGACCAUUUGAUGGAGGACAGUGCACCCGGAACUGAGUCAUUAGAACCGGUCCACAGAAACAGGCGCAAACAGAAAGCCACCCACACACCGCACAAUGAAACUGCAGCGACAACCGAUGCGAAUACGGAGGGUCAAUCAGUGGGUGUAGGCGAUGGACACUCUACUUCAGAAGCAACCAAGGGAUCCAGUGCACAACCAUCGCCAGCCAAGCAGAAGACUGGGCCGGCUCUGUGCAAACACCCGUGGCCGUGGUGUAUGG